AAUAUUGAACAUUUUUUUGUCAAUGCGCUACGACGACAUUGUUAUAAACUUUAGUUUUCUAUUUUUUUUUGUAAUGGAAACACGGGGUUCGUUACAAAUGUUAUUUAUGUUUGAUUGAAUUUAGAUUUAUUUCUUAAGUUAUUGUGAAGCGUUUUUUGUCAAGAAGUGCAGAAGUAAUGUCUUCUGCAUUUUUUGCAGUAAUUAAUACGAUCGAUUACUUUUGAAAAUUGAAGUUUAACGUUUUGUGUUUCGCAGAUUUAGCCAAUACGAAGGAAAGGAAGUUCGUGUGUGAAAAUUGUGGCAAAGGAUUCUCUCGGAAAUACGUCUUGCAACGUCAUAGGAUGAUUCACUCCGGAGAAAAGCCUUUUAAAUGCGAUCAUUGUCAACGUAGUUUUACUCUAAAACAGCAUCUUGUAAGGCAUCUUCGCAUCCACACGGGAGAAAAGCCAUUUAAUUUUAACGUUUUGUGUUUCGCAGAUUUAGCCAAUACGAAGGAAAGGAAGUUCGUGUGUGAAAAUUGUGGCAAAGGAUUCUCUCGGAAAUACGUCUUGCAACGUCAUAGGAUGAUUCACUCCGGAGAAAAGCCUUUUAAAUGCGAUCAUUGUCAACGAAGUUUUACUCUAAAACAGCAUCUUGUAAGGCAUCUUCGCAUCCACACGGGAGAAAAGCCAUUUAAUUAAGUGCGAUUAUUUUUUACAAAAGUUCUCUGUUAACAGUGAUUUGAAUCCUUACAUUAAACUCUAUAGCAGAAGGAAUAUUAAUUAAUAUAAAUAUAUUAAACAGUUUGAAACUUGUAAGGAAUUAU